CGCGAGAUCUGGGCUCGCACUGUGGGGAAUGGCCGCCUGCGGAGGGAUGGCCGCUCCACAGAUCUGCUCCAGCUGACCGGAACCGAACCCCCGCGGCAGCCUCCCCCGACCCCCGGCCCCCCGUGCGGAUGGGCACAGGGGGCACAGCGCCAACACACGCCGAACCCGAACCACAGAGACUCGGGACCGGAGCGGAACCGCCGUAGCCGCUCGUUAGCCUCCGCGCUAGACCCGGAGGACCCGGAGGACCCGCAGGACCCGAGCCCAGCGGCGGGCACCACUCCCGGGGAGAGAGGAUGAGCGGACCGGGCCAGGACGCCGAGCCCGAGGCGAAGGUCCAACAGAUCAAGAGACAAUACAGGGCUGUGGUGGAGUCUGUGCACAAGCUGGACCUCAUCAUCGGCAGUAAAGCGUCGUACAGAGAGGUGUUCAAGCCCGAGAACAUCAACCUACGGAACAAGUUGAGGGAGCUGUGUGUUAAACUGAUGUUCCUGCACCCGGUGGAUUACGGUCGGAAGGCUGAGGAGGUCCUCUGGAGGAAGGUCUACUACGAAGUCAUCCAAGUCAUCAAGACCAACAAGAAGCACAUCCACAGUCACAGUGUCCUGGAGUGUGCCUAUCGUACUCACCUCAUCGCUGGGGUGGGUUUCUACCAGCACCUGCUCCUCUACAUCCAGUCUCACUACCAACUGCAGCUGCACCACUGCAUGGACUGGACCCACGCGUCCGACCCGCUCAUCGUUCGCAGGAAGGCUCUCUCUGCGUCUCCCAAAGAGAUGGAGUGGGCUCAGUUGGCGUGUCACAGGUGUCUGGUUUACCUCGGAGAUUUAGCGCGUUAUCAGAACGAGCUGGCCGGAGUGGAGACGGAGCAGCUGGCCGAGCGUUUCUAUCACCAGGCUCUGUGUGUCCUGCCUCAUGUGGGGAUGCCCUUUAACCAGCUGGGCACACUGGCAGGAAGCAAGUUCUACAACGUGGACGCCACAUACUACUACCUGCGCUGUAUUCAAUCAGAGACGCCCUUCGAAGGUGCGUACGGGAACCUCAAACGUCUUUUCGACAAAGCUGCCAAGAUGUACCAACAAGUGAAGAAACAGGAGCUGAAGAAACUGUCCCCGUCCCGACAGAGGUCCAAAGACAUGAAGCGUCUCCUGGUGAGCUUCAUGUAUCUGCAGAGUCUCCUUCAGCCCAAAAACAGUCUGGUGGACGUGGAGCUGACCACCCUGUGCCAGUCGGUGUUGGAGGACUUUAACCUGGUGCUGUUCUACGUUCCUGCUCCGAGCCCGAACGCGCCGCUGCACUCGCCGUGCGCCGAGGAGGACGACGCCCGCGACAGCCCCUGCCACAGCCCCUCCCCCGGCACCUGCCCCGGCACCUGCCCGAGCCCCUGCCCGAGCCUGCCCGACACCCUCAUCUUCAAGAUGGUGCUGAUCUGCCUCAUGGUGGUGCACAGCCUGAAGAGAGGAGGUUCUAAACAGUACAGCGCCUCCAUCGCCUUCACUCUGGCCCUGUUCUCUCACCUGGUCAACCACGUCAACAUCCGACUGCAGGCGGAGCUGGAGGAGACCGAGACCCAGGCCCCCCCCCUCCACACAGAGGGACCAGACGACGUGGACUUGGCUCCCGUCUCUGAGCUCACAGAAAAGCCUCUGCACAACGGCUCUGUGGAUCAGGAGCGGGCGCAGGGCGGGCACAAGGGGGAGCUCCACGCCGACGCACCCGACCAGGACAAGCACAAACACAAGAAGAAGUUCACCCGUCUGUCCAGACUGAGGCGCCGCCGCUGCCCGCGCAAACACGCCCCCGGCCAGGACGACAGCGACCUGAGCGAAGGCUUCGACAGCGAGGAGGAAGAGGAGGAGGAGCUCAUCACCGCCCCCAGCCCCAACCCCGCCGCCACCAACCCCCCCGUCCUCAAGAGGGAGCCCAAGAGAGCGGGCGCGGCGGGGCAGGCGAGCUGGGACAGCGGCUCCGAGGACGAGGACGGAGGGACGGCCUUCGACGUGGAGACGGACUCGGACAUGAACAGUCAGGAGUCCCGCUCGGACCUGGAGGACAUGGAGGAGAGCUCGGAGCGCCGGAGCCCCCACCAGAGAGAGGAGCAGGUGAAGAACCAGCCCCAGGCCCAAAGAGAGGAGCCCCCCCCCACCGCCAACGGGCCCCUGACGCACCCCGACCCCAGCAUCAGCUCCAACCUGCAGGCCAUGUCCUCCCAGCUCUUCCAGGCCAAACGCUGCUUCCGCCUGGCGCCCACCUUCAGCAUCCAGCUGCUCAAGUCCCCCGGGACCCCCGCCCCAAAAGCCCCCACCACCACCACCCCCCACCGAGCCCGCCCCCCGUCACAGGAACCCACCCCCCCUCAGGAGGGCGAAGGCGUCGGCACCGCCAACGGAACCAGCGACACCGAUUUUGAGUCGGACUCAGAGGGAAGUCAACAGAACACGGCAACGUCCCCAACGCCCAACGAGAAGAGCCUCCUGGAGAAGAUGGAGAUCCUCACCAACCAGGGCCUGAUCCAGGUCGUCAAAGUGUUUGUGGAUUGGCUGAGAACAAACACUGAUAUAAUCCUGAUGUGUGCACAGAGCUCCCAGAGUCUGUGGAACCGUCUGUCUGUGCUGCUCAACCUGCUCCCAGACGCCUCCAAACUGCUCCAGUCCGCGGCGGAGUUGGGCCUCAGCCCUGAGGUCCUGCAGCUGUUGCGGGUCAGUGAGCAGUCGGAGUUGGUUCAGUCGGUGCUGCUCCCUGAGGACCGCGCCCUGAGGCUGGUCCCCGCCCUAAGCUCCGCCCACAGGAGGAUGGACUGGAGCCAGCGUGGGCCCCCCCUCACCCCCCUGCAGGAGUGCGUGGUGCGUCUGUGCUGUAUCCGGAGUUUCGGACACUUCCUGACCCGUCUCCAGGGCGACAUCCUGCACUUUAACCCCGAGGCCGGAAUCUUCACCAGCAUCAGCCAAUCAGAGCAGGACAGUCUGCAGCAGGCGCAGGCGCAUUUCAGGAUGGCUGAAGAGGAGGCUCGCAGGAAUCGUCUGAUGAGGGACAUGGCUCAGCUCCGGCUCCAGUUGGAGGUGUCUCAGUUGGAGGGCAGUCUGCAGCAGCCCAGGGCACAGUCGUCCAUGUCUCCGUACCUGGUGCCCGACGCCGCCGCCCUGUGCCAACACCUGCCCCUCCUCAGACAGCUCGCCAACAGCGGCUGCUUCAUCCUCAUCAUCCCCCGCACGGUGAUUGACAGUCUGGACAGACUGAAGAAGGACACACCCGGGGCCAGAGACGGGAUCCGCUUCCUGGAGACAGAGUUUCGAAAAGGAAACAGAUACAUCCGAUGUCAGAAGGAAGUGGGGCGGAGCUUCGAACGAGACAAACUGAAGCGAGUCGACAUAGAAGCCUGGCACUUGUAUAAGAUGGUGGACAGCUGCAGGGCGCUCAGCGUGUCCCAGAGUCUUGGAGACGAGGACACGGUCGGCAUGGUAACCAUCCUGACAGGACGCGACGUGGACGAGAUGUGUGCUCAGUCUGCCGCCAUGAAGGCGGCGGUGGCGGCGGCGGCGGCGGCGGGCAUGGAGCUGAAGCCCGUGCGUCUGUUCUAUGAGCAGUGGAAGGAGAUGGGCUGAGGGGCCCCGCACCCGCCCAGACACGACGCUCGCCCUCUCUCUCUCCCGAUAUUUAGCUGUUUCUCUCCCGAAGGCGUCGCUCAGUCUGCAGGAGGCGGAGUCCAGGCUCCCGACGCCGCGUGGGGGCGGGGCCGAGAGGCACGGCUCCUCCUACAGGAGCGGGAGAGACGAGGAGGGACUUUGAGGCGGGGGGUGUCCUGUGACGCCCCCGAGCACACACACUUUUACAGAGAGCAGGGGCCCGGCCCUGAGGCCCCCGCGGCCCCUCAGGCCCCUCGCCCUUUGUGCUCGUGUGAUUCUUUUGCUGUGGGCUGUGGAUCAAAUUAAUCAAUAUUUAUCUACUAGUGAUACUCUGCAGUGACGUCGCUCUGGGGCUGUUCUACGUCUGUCUCUAUGGGGGAAUGUUCAGCAGUUUCCAUGGUGACAAAAAAGAUUGAAGAUCGUCUGAAAACUCAAGUAAAAAUACAAAAAGUGCAGCAGGUUCGUGUUUCUGUUCUGAGUUUUUCAGGUCACGUUUGACUUUAGUCUGAGUUUUAUUUUGCCGGAGCUGCAGACAGAGCAGUGCCUCCAGUUAGCCACACCCCCCAGUGACCUGAGCGACCUGAGCGACCCGAGCGACCCGAGCUGCAGAGUAUCAGUAGGUUUUAAAUUUCCGAGUGGGUUUACAGUGUCACUUUGAUUUAAAGCCGCGCUCCGGGACUUUUCUGACAGAGGGUGAUGCCUGCUGGUCUCCAUGACGAUGUUUUUGCUUUGUAGUGUUGUCACGAUUCUCAAAUGUCAAACUUUAUUUGGAAACUAAGGAACAGACUCGAUACUCGAUACUCGAUACGAUUCUGAUCCACAAUGAAAAUCAGACGCUUUUUCUUUAGUCGAUAUUAAACUGUGAUUUUCCACAAUAAACGACAAAACUUUA